GGACCAUUCGAUGCUUUAUUCGCAUCUCGCUUAAAUUAAAGAUUGACCCCUAGGGGUCGAUAGUACACGGCACAGGAAGUAUAAAAGAGGGCAACUGAACGGAAAAUCGGUAUUCGCCCAGCUGAUUCGACACUGGACAGCUGAUCGAGCCUCGAACAAUACUUACAGGCAAGAUGUCACAGAAGCUUUUAACAGGUCCUGGUCCUUGCACAGAGCCGGGGGUCUGUUCCCGGUCUGAUUCCCUAUCCCCGAUGAUGAUGAUGAUGAUGAUGAAAAAGAAAAUGGAAGGGAAUAUUCCGAUGUCUGGGAAAAUGGCAAUGCCAAUGACGCAAAAUAUGGCGAACGGAAAACUAUUGAAUUUCUUGAAUGACAGAGAACUUGUUGUGAAGAUAGCCAAGAAACAUCGUGAACUUUCAUUUUCUGAACAUGUUCAAAGACAGUAUGACAAACUUGACCCAAGCAGCCCAUCGGUGAUGCUUGAAACGAUGAUGAUCUGGUCAGACACAGCAAACCGUGUUCUCAAAGAAAUGUGUCCCGAAUUUCCAGACGUUAAAGCUACACCAAUUUGCCUAUUCGCCAUGGAAAUGUUGGUACAGAAAUAUGAAAAAGACCCAGAGGUGAGACGCCAUCUUGAUUUCAUGUAUGAAUUCCGGUCAAUGAUGCAGAGUGGGAAGUUGCAGCCCGGAGACAAAGUCCCCGAUGUUGGGAUUGUUGACGUGGAGACCAAAGAAGUGAGACAACUCUCCAGUCUUAACUUACGUAAGAACAGACCAAUGGUAGUGAUAGCAUCAUCGUUUAGCUGACCUCCACUCCGAGCCAUCGUGGAUGGCGGUUCUCUGUCCAAGCUGUUUGCAGACUACAAGUCGACUGUCGACUUCCUGUUUGUGUACCUUGUAGAGGCCCAUCCUCGUGAUGGUUUUAAAAUGGGCACGAAUUUCAGCUUCAUGAAUCAACAUAAAGUUUUGGACGACAGAAUUGAUUGUGCACGGGCUAUGGUGAAUAGAGCGGGUGACUUGUUUACUUUCGAUAUGUCCAGUGAUACGAAGAUUUCUGUGGCUGUCGACAGCAUGGAAAAUAGCUUCAACAGAGCAUUCCACGCCCAUCCAGAUCGUGCCUUUAUUGUCGAAAACGGAAAGAUGGUAUACAUCGGAGAUACAAUGAUUGAACAAUUGAAGAUGCCGCAUAUGAAUGUCACCGAUCAUCUACGAACGUGGUUGGAUAGUAGAUUUACAGAACAAUAAAUUAUCACCUUAUUAUAACAAUACACAGACAUUUCCCAGCCGUAACCCGAUUGUUUCAUAACAUUGGACUAACUACAUAGGCACACUAUUCUAUGAAAUAUAUUGUACUGUUCAUAUAUUUAAUGGAGGGAGAAUAAUAACCAAUAGUGCCAUUGAAACAACAUCAUUGUAUAGAGCGCCAUCUCGGGUUGAAUAUGAUCUAUGUCUUAUAUCACGUUUUUAUUUGAUAAAUACUUAGCAACCAUGCUAAGCAAUGCAAUUUCUUUGUGCACCAGGAGAUUUUGCUGCUAUGUUUCCAUUUAUUACGGCCAAAUACAGAAACAGAAGCUUUGGUGGACAUUUUUGGUGUGCAUCUGCAAUAAAGUGUUGUUAGGUCAUAGAUCAUUUAAUUCCGUACGGCUGGGCCCGCGUCACGAAGUAUACUUAUUCAAUGUUUGUUAAUACAGCAGGUGAUUUUUGAAAACUUACAAGUGAAUUUAUUGUCUUGAGGCUGAUUGUAUUGCAUCUAAUGUCAAUGUGAGACAAUACACGAAUAUCAGUUGUGAUCUCAGACAUUGGCGCCACCAGCGGUCAUUUACAAAAUAAAUACCAACUAUUGUUCACCUUGUUGUUUAUUGUGCGAGACUUCACAGGUCAGUCAGUAUUUUGUGAGGACAGUGUUUUAAAUGAAAUGUAAUUGCAUUGUAAUUUAUAAUAUAGAAUAUGCAUAUAUAUUAUUUGUUAUUUGCUAUUCGUCUUUGACCAUAUACAAUUCAAGUUUAAAGUUGACCAUGUGUCCCACAGUUGUCAUCCAAGAAGCUAUUUACUGGGCCUUAUACUCAGUAAUGUCGCUACCAAUUGGAUGUAUCUAAUUAGGGUCAUUAUACCGGUAGUUAUCAUGUAGUAAACACAGUCGCUUAACUUACAUAUGUUAUGUUUUCUCCUCUGGAGUGGUUUUAUUUUUGUAUUUUUCUCACACACACACAAAACAUUUACCUUUAAUUUUGAGUCUAUGGAAUAGUUUUGUGUUAUAUUAUGUUAUAUUUAUUUGGAACUGUCUUGCACUGCAAAGACCUUACGAGAUCAUUAUUUUUAAUGGCAGUUUUUGUGAGGUGGGACCUGUGACAAUCGUUCACAUAAAAUCCUAAUUAGAGGAUCUUGAUCGGUUUGAUGUUUUCCUUCCCUCAAUUCAACUGCACUUAGAAGUCAUGUCUGGUAAUGUACAAUGCAUUUAGAAAAAUAACACCGAUUAAUAAAACGAGAUUUACCACUUAA